GAACGUUUUUGGUUAUGUUUAUUUUUUGUAAGCGUACGUAAAAAAUGUAUACGCUCCUCUCAGGUUUUUAUCGGUAUAUUACACAAAAAGAUGAAUAUUGUGUUUUAAUUUUAGGAUUAGACAAUGCUGGAAAAACUACGUAUUUAGAAGUGGCUAAAACAAAGCUAUUGAAGAACUAUAAAGCGAUUCAUCCUACAAAAAUAACCACGACCGUUGGAUUAAAUAUAGGCAAAAUUGAUAUUGGUGGAAUGCGGUUAAACUUUUGGGACUUAGGGGGCCAAAGUGAGCUACAGUCGCUUUGGGAUAAGUAUUACGAAGAGUCACAUGCUGUGAUCUAUAUUGUGGAUUCAUCUGACAGGGAUCAAAUUAAUGAAUCCAAAGAAAUAUUUGAUAAAAUGAUAGCCAAUGAAAAUCUACAAGGUGUUCCGUUAUUGGUUUUGGCUAAUAAACAAGAUCUUCCAGAUUGUAUGGGUGUUAGAGAAGUAAAACCUAUAUUUAACAAAAAUGCACAUUUAAUAGGAAAACGUGAUUGCAUGGUUAUGCCCGUAUCAGCUUUGACGGGAGAAGGUGUAGAUGAAGGAAUUCGAUGGCUUGUGGACUGUAUAAAAAGGAAUUCCUUUAUUAGACCUCCAAGGAAUAGUGAUGAAAAUUAAGAACAAUAACAAAUAAAUGGAUUAUUUGUAACAUAAGUUGUACAUAUAAUAAAUAUAUAUACAUGCUUUUGUAUAUGGAUGGUUUGUUCCGUACAUAGCGAUAAAGAAAAAGAUAACUAAACUGAAAAUAUCCUCUACCUAACAUGUAUAUUGCAUUUGUUGUGGUUUAUAUUUGUUUUAAUGAAAGCGAUAAUGUGGGCUAAGACGUGG